AUGCCUCGCGGCAUCCAUCGCGCUGUGGCAGUGGUGCUCGCACUGCAUGUCGCCAUCGUCAGUGAUGCACGACUGUGGAGUGCCCCUUCAAGUCGCCAUAUAGCAGCCCCGAGGGCCCACAGGCUGGGCAGACAGCCCCGGCGCCCGCCUGUCUCCAUGAACACGCCCUUCGGCACACGCGGCGGCAUUGCCGCGGCAGCCGCUGCUGCCGCCGCCCUUCCCUGCGUCAAGACCCUGGCGGCCGCCAGCUUGCUCCCGACGCUGCUCGGCAUCUGGAAGACUGAUGGACCUACGGGGUACGCUGUGUCCUACGGCUACGGCGGCGCCGUCGCGGCCUGCGCUGCGCUCAGCCUCCCGGCCUUGCGCGGCCUCGCGUGGUGGCACGCGGCGGCUCUGCUGUUCUACGGCACGCGGCUGAACUUGUUCCUCCUGUGCCGGGAGCUGACCCUGCCUGCGGACGUACACCAGAUCCGAAGAAGGAAGAGCAGGGAGGCGACGCUGGGGCAGAGGCUUAAGCGCCUGCCAGUAAUCAUCGCCUGCAGCCUUCUAUACUUCCUCCUCGCGGCCCCGCUGCGCGUGACGGCCGCAGCAGCGCCAGGCUCCCGGGCCGUCGGCGUGGCCGUGGCGUGCUCCUUCGUCGGCUUCGCGGUCGCUGCGCUCGGCGACCUGCAGAAGUUCGCCACCAAGUCCGUCAAGGGCAAGGACCACCUCGUCACCGGCGGGCUGUACAAGUUCCUGCGCCACCCGAACUACACGGGAGAGUGCUUCGGAUGGACCGCCAGUUUCGUGGCCGCGCUGCUCGCUGGUGGCUCCGUGCGCGCCCUGCUGACGAAUCCCUGGGUUGCCGCCUCUGCCUUGGGGUGGGUGGGCAUCAUGGGCGUGCUCGCGGGCGAGGCUGCCGUCGGGCUCGAGAAGAAGCAGAAGGAGAAGCACGGCGGAAAGCCCGAGUACGAGGCAUGGGUCAGGGGCUCGUGGUCUGGGCCCAUGCUGGGGGCGGCGUGA